AACCAAUUUCUGGUCAUUUUGCAAAGGCGAUUUAUUCGUGUUGCAGUGAGAGCGGAUAAAAUGCGAAGAAUAUUGCGCGUUUGUGCGUUUGUAAUAAUCAAUGUACUGUUUGCUGAACUCUGCACGUGCAUGCCGACGCCGCAGUUUUACAGCGGGAGUCCGGUGGUGGAGCUCCCUGGCGCUGCCAUCGCCGGGCGAGCCAGCCCGCGGGCCAGCGGGGGAGCGGGGAUGGUGUACGUGCUGGUUGGUUUGGUCAGCCUCCCUCUGCUGGUCACCGUGCUGUGGCUGCUGCGCCAGUUGUGGCGCAUGCUGGCCUCCUGCGCCGGCCGGGGCUGUCCCGCCAGUCGGCCCGACCACGGCCUGGAGGAGGUCGUGAUCAUACCCGCCGACCACCAGUUGCACUGCUCAGUUCCUCAGGGCGUGCCGUCUGCUAGCAGUGCCCUGCUGCGUGAUGGGCCACUAGCAUCUUCCCAACAACAACACCAGUUUUCACCUGUUUCUCUGAUGGAAGAGAUGUUGCUUGCGUCGACUCGUGAACAGAUGCAGAGUGCAUCAACACCUGGUGACGCACAACUGGUGACCUGCCACCACCAAAUGCUCUUGUAUUCAACGGCUACUCGAGUGGAAUACGUUAAGGGUUUAUUCGCUGAUGACCAGUCUCCUAGCCGUCACACAGAAGAGACGGAGGUAGAGGCCACAUGCGACCAGGAUCAAGCGGUGCUUUCACCUCCGAUGCAGGAUUUGGAAUCGUUUUCCAUCCCUGAUGCCUUCGCUCCUGCCGAUGCCAACAGUGACAACAUACAGUAUACCCAGGAGUUACGGAAAAUCAGCUUUAUGAAUUCAACAUUUUCAGCAGUUGUGACAGCCAGCCUCUCUGGCCUUAGGUCACUGCAAAGGACGUGGUGGGUUUUGGCUUCUAUUACGCCCUAUUGGCACCACGAAAUCACUCAACGCCGAAACAUCCAGCUUACUUAUGCGAGAGAAGUGGGGGAGGUGUUUCAUGCUUACCCUCCCGAACACCGACAAGAAUCUCCAUUUUCUCCGAGAGAAGAGGCCUUUGAUAUUUAUUCUCCUGAACAACUGGUAGUCGACACAUCGUUUCCGAGGAAAGAGGUAUGUGAAACCUAUCCCCCCGAGCAGCUGCAUGAGUCACCAUCAUCGCCAAGGGAAGAGGCCUUUGAAAAUUAUCCUUCUAAGAAGCUGCGAGAUUCACCAUCAUCUUUGAGGGAAGAGGUCUACGAGACUUAUCCUCUUGAACAGCUACAAGCAUCAACAUCAUCUUCAAGGGAAAGGGCUGUUGAUACUUAUCGUUCCGAGCAGCUGCAUGACUCACCAUCAUCUUUGAGGGAAGAUGUCUAUGAGACAUAUCCUACCGAGCUGCAUGAAGCACCAUUAUCUCCAUGGGAAGAGACUUUUGGCACUUGUCCUACUGAGCAGCUGCAAGAUUCGCGAUCACCUUUGAGGGAAGAAGUGUACGAGACGUAUCCUUUUGAACAGCUGCAAGCCUCAACAUCAUCUUCAAGGGAAGGGGCCUUUGAUGCUUAUCCUCCCGAGCCGAUGCAAGAGAUUCCAUUCCCUUUGAAGGAAGAGGUCUAUGAAACAUAUCCUCCAGAGCAGCUGCAUGAGUCACCAUCAUCUCUGCAGGAAGAGGCCUUUGAGAAGUAUCCUUCUGAACACCUACAUGUAUCGACAUUGUCCGCGAAGAAAGAAGUCUUUGAGACUUAUUCUAUUGAACCGCUGCAAUUAUCAACAUUAUUUCCGAGGGAAGAUCUGAAUGAGACUCAUUCUUCCGAAAAGCUACAAGUGGUAUCACCACACAUGAGAAACAAGAAUACUGGUACCUUUACCUACUAUAAGCUACAACUACCACCGUUUCCUCCACAACAACUUCCUUUGAAAGAAGAGCUGUAUGAAACGUUUCCUCCUUUGAAAAAAUUGUCUGCGAAGGAAGAGGUCUUUGAGACUUAUUCUAUUGAACCGCUGCAAUCAUCAACAUCAUUUUCGAGGGAAGAUCUGAAUGAGACUCAUUCUUCUGAAAAGCUACAAGUGGUAUCACCACACAUGAGAAACAAGAGUUCUGGUCCCCUUACCCACUAUAAGCUACAACUACCACCGUUUCCUCCACAACAAGUACCUUUGACAGAAGUGGUGUAUGAAACGUUUCCUCCUUUGAAAGCUGAUAUUGUCACUACCCCUUCAGAAUAAAGAGGCACUUUUGCGAUAUACCAA